AUGGCUUCACACAGUAUCGAAAUUCAAACACGAGCAGACUUUCUAGCCGAUCUGCCCAUUUACGAGGAUGAGAAACCUUACUAUCUCCACGCUUCAGAUUCCGCCAGCGACCGUCUAGAUCAGAUUAAGAUAACCAAUGUCGAAUGGGAUACAAGACCGGUGACUGUUCGGAGCAUGCGCGAUAACACGAAUGUCGGAUUGGACAAGACCGGUUUCACGUACUGGAAGCACGAAUCCCAGUACCUUCCACAUAGGGGCAUGAACGAGGAGAAGGUUGAGAAAUAUCGUACAGAGGGCGAGGAACUUCUCCGGUCUGUCUUCGAUGCGGAUUUUGUUCGAUGUUAUGACUUCAAAGUGAGUGGUUCGCACAAUUCGACCUGCGAGCGAGUAUCCAAUGACCAUUCGAAGAUGCGAAAAAACGCUCCUAUGACAUUGGAAAACUUUGAUCCAAAUGAUCCGCUGCUAGUAGAGCAAGCUGCUGUCGGGGCUCAUGAUAUCACCCUGGACACUGUACCUCGCCUAGUUAAACCUUUGCUGGAUGAGGAGCAGCUUCUUACUUUCUUCAAACCUGGGUACAGGUUUAGGCUUAUCAAGUAUUGGUUCCAAGAGCUAUAUCUUAAGCUCGAGGAGGCUGACAGAUAA